CCAGUGAGACGGACUUUAGACCAGCACAGACGGGUGGGCUCGGCGCAGGGUGUGCUGGGAGCCCGGGCGAUCUUACUGGAUUGGGUGGUGCGUCUCCGGAAAAGUGUGCUUUUCCCUCUGGGUGAGUUUUGCAAAACUCCAAAAUAAUAAGAGCUCUAUGUAACGAAACACCACGUUAUGUGGCCUGGGCCCUCCAGGUGAUCAAGAUUUUCUUUUCUGGGAAGGGGUGAUUGAUUAUGUGUGUUCUGGGCUGCGUGUGUGUGUGUGUGUGUGUGUGUGUGUGUGUGGAGAGAGAGAGAGAGACAACAUGGUGUGUAAACAACCAACAUUAGAGAUCAGGACGGGGCUGGUUCUUCAGCUAAUAACUCGGAUAAUUGAGCUCAAGGACACGCGCUGAGGGUCCCCGUGAGAUGCCUCCGUUGUGCAGUCUCCCAGCGUGUGCGAAGAACACCGGCCCCGUCUUGCUAACAGACACUGAGCACAACAGUGGGUCUGUGGUCAAAGGAGUCGGGAAAAUGCUGAGCCGGCCAGAACGUGUGAAAAGGUCUUUGUGGCAAAGUCCUCGAAGUCUGAGUGGGCCACCGGGCCCCGGGCCCCUUACGCGGGGAGGGCUGAGCCGGGCAUCCCAGCUGUUCCAUCAGGAAAGUUCUGCUCGCACAGCACAGGCUCACAGGUGCAGGAAGCCCCAUGGGGGUGCUUCCUCGGCCUCUCUGGGGGCGCGCAGGGGGGCAGGAGGGGGCAGGGCUGGGGCCUCACCUCCGCCUGGCUCACGUCGCCAGAGGAAGCGCGGUGACUCAGGGGGACCCGCUGCCCCCGAAGCAGCGACGGGUUCCGCAACUGCCGACGGGCCUGCGUCUACGCGCUCACGGUGUCGGCGCGGGAGGGCGGGCGAGCCUCCUCUGAGUUUCGGGCCCCACCGUGGUUGGUGCCGGGGACCAGCUGUCUGGUUUGUUCUCUGUUGCCACGUCUUGGGCACGUACUGCUUCCGGAGCAGCAGGCCCCGGGCCGUUUGGCAGUCCGUCCUUCCGCUCUCGUGGCCGUCCUGCUCCCAGGGCCACCAAGGGAGUGUGAGGCCAGCCCACCCAGGCCCCCCAACCUCUGCCUGCCGGAGCACGGGACCGUCAGUGGGACCGGGGGGAAGGCUGGUGGCCAGGAGAGGCCUAGACGAAAACAGCCGCCGGCGCAUCCCGAGGCGGGACAACUGCCCCACGCUGGCGGCGAAGGGGUCACGUGGGGUGCGGUUCAGUGUGCGGUGUGUGUGCGUGUACAUGCGAGCGGUGUGCAGGCAUGUAUAUGGUGGGCACCCGUGUGCCCGUGGACAUGUGAGCGGCGUGUAGGCGUGUAUGUGGUGUGUGUGUGUGCAUGGUGUGUGCACAUGUACACAUGAGAGGUGUGCAGGUGUGUACGUGGCAUGUAUGCGUGUGCAAGGGGUGUGCACAUGUACACGUGAGAGGUGUGUGGGCGUGUAUAUGGUGGGCACACGUGUGCCCGUGGACAUGUGAGCGGCGUGUAGGCGUGUAUGUGGUGGGUGUGCAAGGUGUGUGCACGUGUACAUGUGAGCGGUGUGCAGGUGUGUACGUGGCAUGCAUGCGUGUGCAAGGGGUGUGCACAUGUACACGUGAGAGGUGUGUAGGCCUAUAUAUGGUGGGCACACGUGUGCCCGUGGACAUGUGAGCAGCGUGUAGGCGUGUAUGUGGUGUGUGCAAGGUGUGUGCACGUGUACACGUGAGCAGUGUGCAGGUGUGUACGUGGCAUGCGUGUGCAAGGGGUGUGCACAUGUACACGUGAGCGGUGUGCAGGCGUGUAUAUGGUGGGCACACAUGUGCCCGUGGACAUGUGAGCGGUGUGUAGGUGUGUAUGUGGUGUGUGUGUGCAAGGUAUGUGCGCAUGUACACGCGAGCAGUGUGUAGGCGUGUACGUGAUGCACGAGUGUGUAUAUGUGGUGUGUGCAUGUGAGCGGUGUCUAGGUGUGUGCGUGGUGUGCAUGUGCGUGUGUACACUUGAGCGGUGUGUAGGCGUGUACAAGGCGUGCAUGUGCACAUAGGCGCGUGCUGUGUACAUGUGAGCGGUGUGUGGACACGUACGUGGUGUGCACGUGCACGUAUGAGGCACGUGCACGUGUAACGUGAGCUGUGUGUAGGUGUGUACGUGCACGUAUGAGUGUGCACACAUGUAAUGUGAGCAGCGUGUAGGCGUGUAUGUGGUGUGCAUGCUUGUGUACGGGAGUGUGUGAGCGUGUGGCACCCUGGAGAAAACAGGGGGAGAUGAGGGCUCCGGAAUCCCCUCCUCGGCUCCCCCGGUGCUCCCUAAGCAAUCUUCACAAAGACAGAGCUUGCGACCCCGGAGCGCUGCUUUGUCACCCGCCGGGACUUCUGGGUCAGGGUCAGGCCCUCCGUGUGUGGAACCCACGAGCACGGUCACGGCUGGCCAGGGCCCCCUUGGCAGGCAUCUGCAGCUCAAGCUCACGUACCCGUCCGAGGAUUCUGUGUGUGUCCAUCCUUCCGGGACGCAACUGGGAACUUCACAAGAAAACGCACACACACACACACACACACACACAGUUGCUGUUUAACAGUUUAUUUGAGAGUGCAUCCUACCACAUUCCAGUAACAUCCACGAAAAGAAUCAUCAAACCAAUUUAAAACUUUUAUUUAAAAAAAAAAUCACAGUUAAAAAGUCCAGUGACAAAAAGCAGUUCUUGAGAUGGAGGAAGAAUACUGAUGAUCCGGUCGAGUGUGCUCUGCGGGGCGACGGGGCCCGAGAGCCCAGCAGGCACCUCCACACGUGCAGAUCCAGACGGAGCGGCGGCCGCCGGGCAGGGGACGAAGUGAAGUCGCCACCAAGGCUGGUGACAGCCCGUGUGGGGACACGCGCAGAGGAGAAACGAGUAAUCGUUUCCGGAAACCUCAGUCCCGCCGUGGGGGAACGCGGUGUCCACGGCGUCAGCAAAUGGUUCUGGCCAGAACAGGCUGUCUGUCCUCCGUCCGUGAGGCCCCUCUGUUCCCGCUAAACAAGGGCCCCCAGGUAAAGGCACAGGGAGUGCGCGUGACCCUGUGGCAGGGCAGACGCGCGGUGAGUAGUCCUUCCCCUCCAGACUUAGCUCACGUCACCGAGCCUUCCACGUGUGGCCCCGCGACAGACACGCUCCGGCACCUGAAGGGUACCCGCAGCUCAGCGCCGGGGCCUCUGGUCCAGAUGUCACCCCGCGUCAUCCAGCCCAUGGCAGCUAAUCCUAACUUUACUGGUAUAUGUGGGCCAGUGGCUCGUGUAAGCCCAAACCCUGCUCGGGGGUUCACUACGCCUAGGGAACUAGCAGAGAAUUCCUCGUCUCGCACCUUCAACCCAAAGUCACGCUCAGGCAUACUUGUGGUGAGGGUCAGGGUCUGCGGCUUUAUUAGGAAUUAACACAUUCUUAGGAGGCUCGCGUUUAGAGGGCCUUGGCCACCAGCUUGUCCCCCCUGCAGUGAACACAGAAAGGGCUGGGGAACUCUGGCGACACCCUCUCUCUGGCGGAGGGGAGCUCGGACCUCACUCAGGAGAUGAGGACCCGUGGCGUCCUGCUGUCUGUCCUCGCUCAGGCCCGCGGUGACAGACAUCACGGCCCUCCACCGCCUGCACGACUUUUAUUUACUAGUCCCCUGAAAGCACGGUCUUGGGAGAGUAUGCGGGAGAGAGGCUGUUUCAGGGGAAAGGAAGCCAAGCCGGUCCGUGCCGAGAGCCCCCUUGUCCACGCAGGUGUGCGUCUUCCGUCUGAGAUCACACAGAGCAAAUGCCGUCCCCAAACUUUUUAUCCCCUUUAACUGGCUACGUGCUUGGAUUGUGUUUUUUCAGCCUCGAAGGACUUGUGUCACCAGGGCAGCUUUUCGGUGGCAGGGCUCCUUCCAUCUUUCGGCCGGUCGGAGCCAAGUUCUGGAGGCAGCCAGCUCCCCUCUGCUCCCCUUCCCUCCACCGCAGACGGCAAGGCCAGCCGCACCCCUGGCCGCGGAGAACGGCACACAGGACGCCUCCAGGCUGCCAGAUCUUCCGAUGCAGAAAUCAGAUCCUGAACGUAACCUGCCACGAAAUCACACCGCGCAGACGAGAAACACAAAGGGAUCCUUCCCCGGGCCCUCUGACCCUGCUGUCCUUCUUCCCGGGCUCUCCCGGGAGGGGCUGCUUUGUGGAGGGUGUGUUCCGGGACAGGCUUUGGGGACAGCGGUCACAGGCGUGCUCCACACGAGGCCGGCUCCCCUGGCAGCAGACGCAGGUGGAAACUCUCGAAAUCCACGCACUGGGCUGGCUUUGCUGUGACCCCUCGUCUGCUCCCAAGGCGGCCACGGAGGGCGUGGGGCCGUUAGUUGACCACGUCGUAGUAAUAAUUGCGUAGACGCAGUUCCACGGCUGCGAAUCCGGGCCUGCUCUCCACCCUGGAAAGGGAAGACGCACAUUAUUGUCCGUCCGCGCGCUGUGGCAAAAGCCCCUCCGGCAGGUGGAGUGGAGGUGGCUGCGCCCCCUGCUGGUUCCUCCAGAGCCUGCGUGUCCCUGCUCCCCGCGCCCGGGGACCAGGAGCCCCUGGUGGAAUACAGUCAGGCCCACGUGGCCUGCAGGACCCGAUCCCCAGGUGACUCGUGUCUACCUUCAAGUUGGAGACGUUUUGCACGGGGAGCCGAGAUCUUUCGCCCCCAGUUCAGAGACCUGUGAUCCAGCAAAAUAGGACGUGCCUAAAAAUACUUAGUGGGUCAAUGGGCUGAAGACCUAUAUUUCAAGUUGGACUCAUAAUCUUGCUAAAAAUGGACACAAUUUAAGCUCUCCCCCUGCCCCCAUCGUUUGGCUCUGGGCUUUCUGGGACCGUGGGAUGAUAUGGGUUCAUAUUAAACUCAAAGCCAAAGACGCGGGCACUGACAGUCACAAACCCACAAGGCGAACUUCUCUGUCACUGCUGAGGGUGGGAAAUGACCUCAGUUUGUAACUUCUCCUCUGCUUUCUCCAAUAUGACAAACGUGUAGAGACGCCUCCGCUUUCUCCAAUAUGACAGGAUCAGCCGGAAGCAAGUAGUUCUCAAAACUCUUGAGAAUCUAUCCCGGUGUGGAACUGAUUUUGCUUGUGUAGCAAGAUUUUUGGCUAUAAUGCCAGCGGGACCUGCAAGGAGUCUGUGAAACCCUUCUAGCUGAAGCCCCCAGCCCCGCUCCCCGUGUGUCCUCCCUGGGUUCCACAGUGCACCCAGGCCCCCAGCGUGACCUCUGCAGGUACCUCUCUGAGCACCCCACUCCCCUCUGCAAAGCGGGAGGGCUGGGGGGGGGGAUGUCCGCCUACUCAGGGUUCGGUUCCCCACCCCAGACACACCGUGGAGCCCAGGGGACAGCCAGGUGAACAGAGAUGCUGGCGGCCGGGGGCAGGCGUCCCCCCGGGGGUAGCCAGACCCGCUCCUGGAGCCACGCCCAAGGAAACGGUGCCUUUCCGUUCAGUGGUGCAUCGUGGGACUGCUGACAUUCAGACCGAGCCUCUGAUCAUCGCCUGCCCCCACCCCCACCCCCUGCCCUGUUUCAAGUCACUGCUAGAAACACUCCAACCUUCAGAAACACAGCUUUGUUGGAAAAGCAAUCAAAGACCAAUGAGGAGUCGUUUCUAAUUUCAGGCUGUGGGGGGUCAUCACUCCCGUCACUCGGCUGAUACUGGGGCUGAUUCCGGGCGACAUGGGUCUCACCAGAGAGCACGCGGGGAUCGGAGUGAUGGGGAUGAGACAUCCCUGCGCAUCGGCCUCAGUCAGACCCUCCUGAAACCUCUAGGUGAGCACGGACACUGGGGGGUCAAGCCCUCCGAGAGAACAGGACUCCCUUUGUCACGGCUCCGGUGAGUUCCCAGGACAACUGUCUCCCUGCAUGUCCUCCCUCCGUGGACCAAGCCGGCAGAGACCAUGCGAGCGGCUGUACACGUGCAGGUGUCCAGCAGGGACAGAGUGUCGCCUGCCCCUGAUGCCCGGGUCACAGGAGCCACGCGCCCAGUGCUGAGGGGACCCCGGAGCCAAGCUGGUCGUCCGCCUGCCUCGCUCACCCCGCUGGGCACAUCCCCCAAGCCCGCACCCGUCCUGAUCCCUCCCGCCCACCCCCGCACUCCUUACUGGCAACACACAGGACAACCGACAGCAAUAAAGGUGUCAGCGUUAGCAAAUGCCACAAUGCUCACUUCAACCAUCGCCCUGCGAGUUUAUCUGAAUUUGAGGCUUUUCCGUUUGUCUCAGAAUCACCUAAAGGGUGUUCUUCCCCGAGGAAGUGAACGCUUCCACAGGAAGGCCCAGGCAGGAGGGAGAGCACAUCCGGGAAAUGCCCCCUUCUACCAAGUGCCCUCCCCAGGGCUGCGCCUGACCCGAGGCCUCGGACUGUGGCCGGUGGUCACCUGACCCAGCGUCCCCGGGAUGGAGAGGUCGCUUAGGCCAGAGGCUGGGACGAGUGCAUGGAGGAAGGCCGCAGUGAGCUCGUUUUCGACCUGGGCGUCAGCUCCCAGCAGAUCCUCUCAGCCUGUGGGGUCCCCACGGCCCAGCAGGGUGCGCCGGAAGCCAGGACAAGCCUGCGCCGUUCCCAGCGGCCUCAUCGGGCCUCCGCCAGAGGCCCUUCCCCUGCACGGAGUCCGCAGCGGCAGGCUGGGAGACCUCCGCCCUCUCCCUUCGGGGCCGCCCCUGGGUCACUUUCAGAGAACGACGGCAUUUCUUCCACUCCCAACGUGGCUGUGGCGGACGAUGCUCCCGGGAGGCAGAGAACCCCAGGUGGCAUUUGAAAGCACUUGGAACAUCCCUCAACAUCAGCUGGGUAUCUGGGAGCAGGUCUGACCCUGAGGUGGUAAAGCCCGUGGCAGGUACGUGAGCUCCUCUGCAUCGUGGACCCGUGUGUCUGGGCUGCGAGGGCUCCCAGGCACAUGCCAGGGCCAGAGACACGGGGGCCACGGCUCGCGGUUUCCCCACGACCCACUCACAGGCCGCCCCUGUGGGCAAGGUCAAGGGCCACUUCCUGAUUCUCAGGCGUGAUGUGCUUCUCUCCCUGCUGAGCUGCCUACAACGUCACCUGUGGUCCCCCAGGCAGGACGCAGGACGCACUCGGCAGACUCAGAGGCCACUUUGCAAGGUCUGAGUCACGUCCGGGGAAGGGCUCCCUCGGCCCAUCCACCCGUGACCUGGACAACACCCAUGGUCUUGCCUCACUAUGAAGGUGGUCAGGAACCAGGCGAGUACAACAUUGUCCCCACUGAGCCCCUCUGCCACCCACUGUGGCACGCGGCACCAGCCCAGACUCCCACCGACAUCCUUCUGCAGUGACCACCCCCACCCCCAGCUGGUAUUUUCUACGUUUAAAUUCUGACCCCCUGGAUGACAGUAACUGCCUAAACUUACUCUUUAGAACGAAGAAUACAAGUGCACGAUCCAGGAAGCAAGCCACCCCCACCGUGCUGUGUUCAGAAGGGAGCAAGUCCCUAGUUGGGAGGCGGUGCUUCUUUUCGGUGCCUCCCAUUUGCCCCAGGGCAUUUGCACAAACCACAGGGCGUGCGAGUACUCACUCAUACGUCCAGCACAGCUUCAUCAGCUCGUACAUCUCCCUCGGACACCCCGUGGGGCACCCCAUUCUCUCUCCUUUCUCCAGCAUGGCCGAAACCUCGCUUCCCUUCAUGCCCUGAAACAUGCAGAACAUACCCGAGCUUGGUGAACGUGGUGUUGAGUACAACAAAACAGCACGUAGGUCCUACCCCCGCCCCAGAGAAACAAAAGUACACACUGCGUGAUUUCACUUAGAAAAAGUACAAAAACAGGAGCUCCUAACCCGGGAUCUAGACAUCAGAUGGGGUGACCCUUGGGGGACAGCUUGUAUGUGCAAGGGGAACCGGGGGGUGGGGGGUUCUGUUCUGUUUCAUCGCCUGGGCUCUGGUUUCAUGAGCACAUCCCAUUUGUGAAAAUUCAUCAAGCUGUGUUCCAGCACAUGGGCCCUUUGUGAGAUGUAUCCAUUCUGAUUAAAAAAAAAAACAAACAAAAAAACAACAACUAAAAUAUUUAACUGGACUGCAAAUGUAGUCAUGGAAAUUGCCAUCAUUUCUAUUUCAACUCUAAUGAAUGUUGAUUUGGGUCUGUUUUAUGCACACCGCCACGUGUAACGCGUCAUGAAAAAAACAUACACUGUUCAGUUAUUAUCAAAUACUGCCUCUUCAACUUAGAACAAAACUGAGGUCCUGUUAAUGGCUCACUGGCAAAAAGGUCGUGCAAGACUCAGAAAGGGUGCCCGGAUUUUAUGAUUUUCCAAAUGGGUCCCGUGGCAAUAGCGUGUGGCUGAUCUGUCUGAUCUGUUGUGAUGGCUCAGUGCAGCUGCGGUGGCUCACCCGGUACGGCUUCUGCCCGUAGGAGAACGCCUCCCACAUCAACACGCCGAAGCUCCAGACGUCACUCUUGCUGGAGAACUUGUAGUAGUUGAUGCACUCGGGGGCGUACCACUUGACCGGCCACUUCCCGUGGGUCUGGGCCUGCGGGCAAAGCAGACGGGGGCACUCCGUUAAUGACAGGAUCGCGGGCGCCCCCGUCCAUGGCAGCAAAAGGCGGGAGCCCGCCUGGGGUCCACCGCCGGAGGAACGGAUAAACAGCAUGUCGAUAUUCCUAUGGUGGAAAGUCACUGGACCUUAAAAAGGAAGGGAAUUCUAGCACAUGUUACAACAGGGAUGGACCCCGAGGACAUUAUCCUCAGUAAAACAAGCCCGGUCAAGUCACUAAGGUGCAAAUACUGUGUGAAAGCACCCCCCUGAGGCCCCUAGAGGGCUCCCAGUCACAGACAGAAAGUGCAGUAACUGUGGCCAGGGCCUAAUGAGGACCGAGUUUCAGUCUGGGAAGAUGAGAAUUCUGGACAGAGGUUGUAACCGCAGGGAAUGUGCUUAACAUUACACUUUACGAUGGUCAAAUUUAGGUUAUGUGUAUUAACCACCGUUAAGAAAAACAAGAAUAGGGCGCCUGGGUGGCUCAGUCAGUUAAGCUCAGGUCAUGGUCUCGUGGUUUGUGAGUUCAAGCUCCCCGUCAGGGUCUGUGCUGACAGCUCAGAGCCUGGAACCUGCUUCAGAUUCUGUCUGUCUGUCUCUCUUUCUCUCUGCCCCUCCCCUGCUCAUGCUCUGUCUCUCUCAGAAAGGAAGGAAGGAAAGAACAAAGGAAGGAAGGAAGGAAAGAAAGAAAAAGAAAGAAGAAAAGAAGAAAAUGACUCCCCAAAUGCCGUGUGCAUGUUUGCAUGUAUGUAUUUGGUCUGAAUCUUAAAACUAUGACUAAAUCUUAAAUUUUUAAGAUUUAAAUAAAUAUUAAUUUUUUUAAUGUUUAUUUUUGUGACAGAGAGAGAGAGAGCACGAGCAGGGGAGGGGCAGAGAGAGGGGGAGACACAGAAUCCGAGGCAGGCUCCAGGCUCUGAGCUGUCAGCAAAGAGCCUGAUGCGGGGCUCGAACCCACGAACAGGGAGAUCGUGACCUGAGCCGAAGUCAGACACUUAACUGACUGAACCACCCAAGCGCCCCUAGAUUUAAGUACAUAUUUUUACGAUUCAGACCGUAUUUCUUGUACCUUUUUGUCUUUUUUCUCUCACCUCUUCCUGGGUGACUCAUAUUUCAUGGAGCUUGUUGUAACAUGCAAAGAGUCAAGCAUCAAGAUCCCAUGGUCAUGCUCCAAGGAAUACUGGGCUGUAGCAUCUUUAACUAUCACUGUGUUUUUGUCCAUGAUUUUAAGCCGACAUUAAUUAUUUUGUUACAGAUUGCAAAUAUUGCUUAAAAUCUGUUUUAAACUUUUUUUAAAAAAAGAUUUUAUUUUUAAGUAAUCUCUACACCCAACGUGGGGCUCGAACUCAUAAGCCUGAUAUCAAGAGUUGCAUGGUCCACUGACUAAGCCAGCCAGGCGCCCCAAAAUGCUUUAAACUUUCUAAUUUCAAAAAGCAAGUGGUAGGGGCACUUGGGUGGCUCAGUCGGCUAAGCGUCCGACUUCGACUCAGGUCAUGAUCUCACGGCUCGUGAGUUCGAGCCAUACAUCGGGCUCUGUGCUGACAGCUCGGAGCCUGGAGCCUGCUUCGGAUUCUGUGUCUCCCUCUUUCUCUGUCCCUCCCCUGCUUACACACUCUCUCUCUCUCAAAAAUAAUAAAAAAAUAAAAUAAAAAAGCAAGUGGUAGUAAAGAGAUCAGUGCCCCGCGAAACCCUUUACUCUAGGGCUUGGAGUCUGGCGCACGUAAGUUCUGCUACGUCCUGUGGACGGAACCGUCACAAGCACCCUUGUGGGGAGGGAGGUGGUGGGUUGAGAGGGGACAGCCUGGGAACAUCGGCCUGAGAGCACAGAUACCAUGGCCCGUCUCUAAACGACACACUGAUUACACUUCCAUCUCAAUCAUGUUAUGCAUUAUUUUUAGAUUCUGACUUCAAACGUUGUGAACAAUAUACUCGUGUGUUAUUUUGGUCUUAAUUUUAAUGUUGAGGUGAUACAAAGGAAACCCUUUGACAAAUCCUAUAUACAUCAAAAAGGUAAAUCUCUCUCCACCAAUUCCAAAUCCUCAUCCACAGAGACGGCCGUGUUUGGUAGUUUGUCCUGAAUCUUUCCAGAAAAAUCUACAUACGAGUACAGAGAGGGAAAAUAUACGUUUUUGGAGGUGGAAAAGCUAGGAGCGUAUGUUUUGCACUUCAUUUUUUAAUGGUGCUGCUCAAGCACGUGUUGUAGAUAUAUUUCCACGUCAGCACGCGCAAAUAGUCACUUUUAGAAGAGUUAAUUGCAUGCCUCCUAUAAAUCUAGUACGACUGAUGUAACCAGCCUCCUACCGAGAGACCAUGAGGCAGUUUCCUGAUGUUUGCUAUUACACGUCAUUCUAGAACGAACAUUACUGGCCGUGUGUAUCUGUGCCCCGUGCAGGGCAGAGCUGCAGGAUCAAAGGGCAUUUGUGUUCGGCGCAAGGUCACGUUGUCACGCACAGAUGUGCUUCCAUUAGUAUCAUUUCUCUGUAACGUUGUUUAGCUCUCGAUUCUGUUCCAUUUCACCCUGUCUUCUCAAAGAAAUGGUCCACGUCUCUGUCUUUUCAGGAGUGCGUGAUCUCCGUGCCGCUUCUAACAUGCACGCUACGGUGACUGAGCCACACAGGUAUUGCAAGAUGUUUACCAGAGUAAGGUUACUUAGCACAUCCUUCAUCUGACAAAAUUACCAUUGCUUGUUGUUGUGGGGAGAACAUGCGAGAUCUAUUCUCGUAGCAACUUCCACGUAUAUAUAUAGCACGGUCCUAUAGGCUGCAGGCACCAUACCAAACACAGACCCCCAGAAUUUAUUCCUCUGAUAACUAAAAGUUUACAUUCUGAGACUACCAUCUUCUCAUCUCCUCUACCCCUCAGUCCCGGACAACCAGAAUCUACUGUUUCUGUGAGUUUGGCUUUUAAAUUCCACAUAUAAGUGAAAGCAUGCAGUAUUUCUCUUUCUCUGUUUGGCUUAUCACUCAGCAUAAUGCCCUCGAGGACCAUCCGUGUUGUUGCAAAUAGCAGAUUUCCUCCUUUUGUUAUGGUUGACGUAUCCCAUGUGGUUGUCUGUAUUUUAAACCAACACACACACACACACACACACACACACACACACACACAUCAUCAUCAUCACAUCACGUCUUCUUGAUCCAUUCAUCCAUUGUUUCAUAUUUAGGUUGUUUCUUUAUCUUGCCUAUUGUAGGUAAUGACUGCAAUAAAUAUGAGAGUGUGUAGAUAUCUCUGCUAGAUGGUGAUUUCAUUUCUUUCAGAUAAAUGCACAGAAGUGAGAUUGUUGGAUCACAUGGGAGUCCUAUUCUUAAUUUUUUAAGGGCUCCCCAUGCUGUUUUCCAUACUGGCUGCACCAAUUGACAUUCCUACCAACAGUGCAAGAGGGUUCCCUUUUCUCCAUAUCCUUACCAGCACCUGUUAUUUUUUAUUUUUUUGAUAAUAUUCAUUCUGACAGGUGUAAGGUGGUAUCUCAAUGUGGUUCUGAUUUGCAUUUCCCUGAUGAUUUGUGAUCCUUUAGAUGUACCUGUUGGCCAUUUGUAUGUCCUCUUUGGUUACAGAAAUACAGAAAAAGAAUAGAAAAUGUUUAUUCAGGUCCUUUGUGCAUUUUAAAAUAUGAUUUUUAUUUUAUUGUACUUUUUUGCUAUUGAUUGUAUGAAUUCCUUAUAGAUUUUCAAUAUUUAUGCCUUGGUUUGCAAGUAUUUUCUCUCAUUCCA